GGCGUGCGGCCCUGCGUAUUGCACGGCAUCUCUUGACUCGAUCUGGGUCUCAGGCUGUAGCUCCGUUGGUUGGCAACGCGGAGGCCGCUCGUGGGGGUCAUGGAUUUUGAAAAUCUUUUCUCAAAACCUCCCAACCCGGCCCUCGGCAAAAGACCGGCCCCGGACUCUGACGAAAGAACCGAUGAUGAAAUAGAUGAUGCAGAAGUUGAAGAGGCUCAAGAAGAAAAAAUAAAAUGGGAAGUUAAACUGGAGUGUGAACAGAUUCCCAAAAAAGUUGAAAGUCGGAGAACGAGACAUGGACAGGGUUGGUUCCUUCCAAGGUCUGUGAGGAAGAAUGUGUUCGGCCCUCUCCCCCAGAUUUUGGUUAGGCACUUUGGAAACUCUAUGUCAUCAAAGAGUUUGCUGUAUAGAAAAUCAAGAAGUAAAGACUAUGAGUCAUAUAGUGAUAAUGAUACCUGCAGUCAGGAACCAGAAAACAAUUUUGAGAAAGAACUCCAAAAGUACAUACGAGCUAAAGAAAUGGCAAAUGCUGCUCAACUCCUACCAUCUUCUAAAGAAUCUGUGAAGAAAGAGGAAGUAAAAGAUACUAAGCUGCCUGCUAAACUGAAAAAUAAAAAUCUUAAAUUUGGUCAUAAGAAUGGUAAACAGAAGAAAGUGAAACGAAAACGGGUUGACCCUGGAGACAGGGGACGAGACGCCUUAGUGAAGAAGAGCGGACUCCAGGAUGAGGAUGGUGAGCCCAAGGAGAGGCAGCAGCACGUGAGAAUGAGCCAGGGAUUCAUCAACCAGCAUACCGUGGAGCGCAAGGGGAAGAAAGUUUGCAAAUACUUUCUUGAGAGGAAAUGUAUUAAGGGAGACGAGUGUAAGUUUGAUCAUGAUACAGAGAUGGAGAAGAAAAAGGAAAUGUGUAAGUUUUAUGUACAGGGAUAUUGUACCCGAGGCGAAAACUGCCUGUAUUUGCAUAAUGAAUAUCCUUGCAAGUUUUAUCACACAGGAACAAAAUGUUAUCAGGGGGAGCAUUGCAGGUUUUCACAUGCUCCCCUGACGGAUGAAACACAAGAACUGCUGGCUAAAGUUUUGGACACUGAAAAGAAGACAUGUAAAUAAAAUAGACUAAAAAAGUUUUGUAUAGAUGAAGAGUGGUUACGUCCGUGCCUGUUCCAGAUUCAUGGUUUGGAGUCACUUACUGGAUUCCUCUGUUGGAGCGCCCUCUGGUGUCUGUAUGCUGGUGUGUGGCUCUUUAGCCAAUGGCUGAAGGGAUGGAGCGCAGAGCACUGCAAAGGAAGAGUGGUUCUUAGCUGGUGCUCCCACCCUUGGGACAGGAGAGGCAGGCUGCGCUGGCAUGCAGGCUUGUGGGUUCGUGCGGCAGUACACUGCAGAUGUGUUUUCCGUUUAACUGAGGUUUCUCAAUAAAACAAGAAGCUAAGUUAGUCUGAGAAUGAGUGAAGAAGUUGAGAUUAAGAGGUUAGUAAGAGUUAGAUCUCUGCAUGUCAUGCAGUACUUCGACGAAAUAUUUUUCAUAAUAGCUCACAAUUCCAUUUUACAGCUUAAAAUUUAUGAUUCUGUGAAUUUUUUUUAAAACCAGUCUCCUGUUGGACAUUUGUUUCCAGUUUCUUACUAUUAUAAAUAAAGUAGAGUAAUACCUUUUGA